CUCUCUGCCGCCCCCCGGCGGCCGCCCCGAGGAUGCGGUGCCACUACGAGGUGCUCGGGCUGCGGCGCGACGCCGCCGACGAGGAGCUGCGAAAGGCCUAUCGCCGCCUGGCCCUCCGCUGGCACCCAGAUAAAAACCUGGAUAAUGCCACAGAAGCAGCUGAACAAUUCAAAUUAAUUCAAGCGGCAUAUGACGUACUGAGCGAUCCCCAAGAAAGAGCCUGGUACGAUAAUCACAGAGAGGCGCUGCUAAAAGGAGGGGUUGAUGGAGAUUAUCAAGAUGAAAGUAUUGAUCUGCUCUGCUUCUUCACUGUUACCUGUUAUUCUGGGUAUGGGGAUGAUGAAAAGGGCUUCUACGCAGUAUAUCGCAAUGUUUUUGAAACAAUUGUGAAGGAAGAGCUGGAAUCUGUGCCUGAGGAGGACAGUGAAGAAUUCCCACCGUUUGGAGACUCUCAAAGUGAUUAUGACACGGUAGUCCACCCCUUCUAUGCCUACUGGCAGAGUUUCUGCACACAGAAGAACUUCGCUUGGAAAGAGGAGUACGACACCCGACAGGCGUCAAACCGCUGGGAAAAACGAGCGAUGGAAAAAGAGAACAAGAAAACCAGAGACAAAGCGAGGAAGGAGAGGAACGAGCUGGUGCGCCAGCUAGUGGCUUUCAUCCGCAAACGGGAUAAAAGGGUCCAGGCUCACCGCAAGCUCGUCGAAGAACUGAACGCUGAGAAGGCCAAGAAAGCAGAGGAGAUGAGGAGGCAGCAGAAACUAAAACAGGCCAAGCUGGCAGAGCAGUAUAAAGAACAAAGCUGGAUGGCUAUGGCUGAUAUAGAGCGGGAGUUGCAGCAGAUGGAAGCACAAUAUGAAAAGGAAUUUGGAGAUGGUUCUGGUGAUGAAGAAGAAGAAGAAGUAGAGGAACAAGAACAAAAAGAAGGACAGGAUGGGAAACUAAGUGAUGAGGAAGAGAGCACUGUUAUUUAUGACGACUUGUACUGUCCAGCUUGCGACAAAUCCUUUAAGACGGAAAAGGCCAUGAAAAAUCACGAAAAAUCAAAGAAGCACCGGGAGAUGGUAGCCUUGUUACGACAACAGCUAGAGGAAGAGGAGGAAGAGUUUUCCGUACAUCAGAUUGAUGAAAAUGGGAUGGAUACUAACACGGAGAAGGAAGAGGAGGAGGAUAAAGAGGAAACGCCAAAACCAAAACUUUCCAAAAAGAAGAAGAAAAAGAAACAGAAAUCUCUGCAGACUGUUGAUGACAGCUUAAGUGGAGGAGAAACUGGAGAUGAAAUAAAAGCCGAGCCGGAAGUGACCAGACACAUAGAGUCCCCCAGUGAAAAUCAGCCUGAUGUCAGACAAGUGGAACACGGCAGCUCAGGAACUGCUGACCAAGUCGAUGAGUCCAAAAGCGAGGCAAAAAAUGUUCCUAAACCCAAAGGAAAGAAAGGCAAAGACUGUAAAAAGGCGGCUAAAGUUCCUGAGGAACAACAAACGGUGGCUGACGUUCCCAUCAGCUGUACAACCUGCAAUCGUGAAUUUCCCUCUCGAAAUAAACUCUUUGAACACUUGAAAGCGACGGGUCACGCGAGAGCGUGUUCCAUGCCCUCUGUAAAUAGCCCAGCUGCUAGCCGAAACAAGAAAGAGAAACGCAAGAACAGAUAAAGAAUUUGGAGUUCUACUGCAAACAGUUUUCCUCUUUGGUGAUUUCUAGAAUUCAAAAACUGGACGUAAGUUAUCUAAGGAGUUACAAGGCCAUAGGUUUCUGAAUCCUGCAGUGUGAAAGUAUUUUUAAUGUAUACAAAUUUCUUUUUGGCUUAAUAUAUUUUUUUCAAACAUGACUAGUGACUGACUUCUACCUUCACCAGCCGGAUUGACUUGAAAGUCUCAGAGUGGAAAAUAUUUCCAAGCUAUUUCUUGAUGGUUUCUGGCCCAUGUCCUGGGGCAAAAUAAAUUAUUUUAAGACCUACCAAUUGUUUGUUCACCCUAUUUUGCCAAGCUCCUGUUGGGUAGUCUUAAACUCCAUUUUAAGUUCUGUUUCACAAUUCUCAUAGUAACUUUUUUUUUUAAAGCUUUCCCCUAAGCCCUACUACCUAGUAGAUUGACUUGAUAAAGAGUAUGUAAAUAUUUAAUUAGAUUUAUCUAAGCAUGGGCUUGCCAAGGCUAUAUUGAAAGAGGAAGCCCAACAGGGAAGAACUAUACACUAGAAGAAUGAAUGGUUCUGCCACUGGUUGUAAGAACUUUUCAAGAUGUACAAUUGCCCCACAGAUGUGCUCUCUUGCUUUCAUCUUGAUUUGAACCGAAGUGGAUGCAGGGAAAAGCGUUAAGUGUAUUUUUAUCCCUGAACCCAGUGAUAGCUGUAAAAAAUGAUGGAGCAAAUAGCAAAGUCAGACAUGAAUAUGGAAAGAGAUGCUCUCUGGAUGUGUUUACCAGAAGUAUGUUUUCAAAAGUUUGUUUUGUCAUUUUAAAGUGAGUGCUAAGAAAGGAUAAUAGCUUACAUGUUCCUUAUUUUUAUACAAAGGAAAAGAUUUGUGAAUUUGUUUUCUCAGGCCUGAGUUGGAUAAAAAGUUAGAAUAU